AUGUCUUCCCCCAAGAUCGCCAUCAUCAUCUACUCCAUGUACGGCCACAUCGCCACAAUGGCCGAGGCGGUAAAGAGCGGUGUCGAAUCUGCCGGCGGGAAGGCGACGAUCUAUCAAAUCGCCGAGACCCUCCCCGCUGAGGUGCUCGAGAAGAUGCAUGCGCCCCCGAAGCGCGACUACCCCGUUAUCGCGCCGACAGACCUCCCCCAGUUCGAUGGCUUCAUCUUUGGCGUGCCCACCCGGUAUGGCAACAUGCCCGCUCAGGUCAAGGCGUUCUGGGACGCGACCGGCGGUCUUUGGGCCCAGGGAUCGCUUGCGAACAAAUAUGUAUCGGUCUUUGUGUCGACCGGCACCCCCGGAGGUGGACAGGAAAUGACCGUCGUGAACAUGAUGUCCACUUUUGUCCAUCACGGCCUCAUUUUCGUUCCCCUCGGCUACAGCAAGACCUUCGGCCAGCUGGCAAACCUCACCGAGGUCCGCGGCGGCUCCCCAUGGGGCGCAGGCACCUUUGCCGGUGCAGACGGCUCGCGCACUCCGACCGAGCUUGAGAUCACCCUCGCGAAGACCCAGGGCGAGCACUUCUACAGCAUCAUCUCCAAGGUCCAGUUCUAG